UAAACAUUUAGAUCAAAAACUGAAAACAAGAAACGAAAACAAAAUGAUUCAUUUUGUGAUUCUAAUUAGCAAACAAGGAAAACUCAGAUUGACAAAAUGGUAUUCACAGUAUUCUGCGAAAGAACGAUCCCGGGCAAUAGCAGAACUUAGCAGCGCAAUUCUUAGUCGAGGACCGAAACUUUGCAAUUUCGUCGAAUGGAGAGGAAACAAAGUUGUUUAUAGAAGAUAUGUGAGUCUGUAUUUCUGCAUGUGCAUUGAUCACGACGACAAUGAGCUCGAAAUCCUUGAAAUCAUACAACAUUUUGUCGAGAUUUUAGAUCGAUAUUUUUGCGGGGUUUGUGAACUCGAUCUCAUCUAUAAUUUUCAUAAGGCAUAUUACAUUCUCGACGAACUUGUAAUGGCCGGUGAACUUCAAGAAUCAAGCAAAAGAGUAGUUACAAGACUUAUGGACUCAUUAGAUUUAUUGGUGGAGGAGAGCAAAGAAAAGGCAAACACAAUUAGGAAUAUGAUAGCUCAAGUCACCAAGUGA